AUGUUCGCAACCCAGGUCCAGUCUUUGGCCUUGGCAGCAUUUCCAUUGCUACCAUGGUUGGGCCGCUCCAGCUCUCUGGAAAGUGCAGCCAUGAGUUUUCUGGUGGGACUCAUUUGGGGUACUUCCUAUGCGUGUACCUUUGUAUCUUACACUCUUGGGACAACUGGAGCAAAAGCCGCCUUCAUCACAUCACUUCAGUCUGUGGUGGUGGCUGCAUGUACCUCCAUAGUGGCCGGGCGGCUACAACUUGGCACUAUCUUCUCAGCACUCCUGGCCGUUCUUGGAGUGGCCUUCAUUGAGCUGAACGGCGCACUGGACCCGACCAUGGGAGAUGCUGUUUGCAUGGUUGCGCCCAUCGGCGUAGGUAUCGGUUGGUAUGUGUUGGAUGAGAACAUGAAGAAAUACCCCAACGACUUCAUUCCAUCAGUGGUGAUCCAAUUUGCGGUGUUCACCUCGAUUUUUGCACUUUGGCUCCUCAAGGAUUAUGAUUUCUUCGAUCAAGAUCAAGGCCAAGAAAUCGGAAACAACUUGGGAUCCUUGGGAAUUCAUUGGUUUCAGCAGCUCCAGCUGCCGGAGCUCCUGCGGACGCCGAAUCUCCUGUGUCCCUUGCUUUUCGCAUCGAUCUUCGGAAACCUACUCACCAUGUUGGCCGCCAACGUGGCCUGUCGACAUCUCCCGGUUUCAGAUGUCUCGCUGAUUGUCACGACAGAGCCUUUGUUCGCGGCAGUGGCAGCCGUGUGUUGUAUUGGUGAGACUUUUUCACUUGGCGACUGUCUCGGUGGCUUUUUCAUCAUGGCUGCACUACUUUGCAAUGAGUUGUGGGGAGAGACAAAUGAUGAAACGAAUGAAGCGAAACUGAUGACGGCAAUGAAGAGCGAUUUGAGCGUCUCUUCAACUUCAACUUGCUCGACUUGCUCGACGUACGCUCUGAGCAAAUGCGAAAGUGGCCAGAGUGCCUCAAUCGCAUCAAUCGAAACAGCUUAA